CCCAAGUAACGCAGUUCACCGUCCAUCUCCAAAACCCACCCAUCAUUCGAAUCAAUGGGAAGAAGGUGGUGCGAAAUGGCAGGUGGGCGGUCCCAAAUAAAUACCAAACAAAUGACCCCUAGCUAGGCUAGCUAGGCUAGUAGUAAAUGAUAUCCUCCUCUAAUUUGGGUGUGUAAAUUUAGGGCUGCAAAUGAGUCGAGCUGCUCGCGAGCGACUCGGCGUUUGACUCGAAAAAAGCUCGUUCGAAACUCGACUCGUUAAUAAACGAGCCGAACACGAGCUCACCUUUGUUCAGCUCGUGAAGCUCGCAAGCUAGCUCGACUCGAUGGCUUGUUGAGAUAAACUCGUGAGCUGGCUCGUUUAGAGCUCAUGAUAUGUCUUAACAUGUGGCUAGAGAGCCAACUCGAUUACCAACUUAUGGACGAAUCAAUCUAUAUCUUAUGAUUUUAAUUCACAUGGUUGUUGAUUUAUAUAUAUCUCACCAUAUAUAAAGUUUUCCACGUUGAGUGUGUGAGCAAAUAUAGCUUAUUUUCUACUUUAAAACGAAAUUAUGCAUCAUAGAUUGCUUCGAUACAAUGAAAUAACAUGAUUUGGAGUAGUUAAAAUUUAUUAACUAAACGAUAUAUGAUACCAACAAAGUAUAAAGUAUAAGAUGAGAUCAACUAACAAAAUAAAUCAUAUGUAUCAUGACAUACAAAAUGAAGUACCAAAUAAAAGUUAAGAUUUUAAUAAACAAGCUAGCUCGAGCUCGACUCGUUUAUUAACGAGCCGAGCUCAAACUGGGGUAAAACUCGACUCGACUCGGCUUGGCUCAUUUGCAGUCCUAAGUGUAAUAUUGCAUUGGGUUCUGUAAUUGUUGUACCCUUUUUUAAUUAUUUUUUUUAACAAAUUUUUUUUUUUGGUGGCCUAUGGCAGUCUAGUUGGGUUAACUGUAGUGCUGGUUGCUCUCAGCGCAGGACCAGCAUCCAGCGGCAGCGGCGGCCAGCGAGGAGGAGGACAGCCAGCCCAGCAAGCAAAAGCAAAAGCAACCACAAGAAGAACAUAAUUUUGCGCACACAAUACUCGCAGGCAGCCUAACACCUUUCUCUCUCCAUAUAUAUCUCUAUCUCAUGUACACCAAAAAAAACAUCAAACCAUUGUAUUUGUACGUGACUGUCAAAUCUGAGAUACUUGCCGAUGUUGCAGCCAGCCCUACCAAAAAUCAAAACAGUUUGCAAAUUCUAUUGCAUUGCAUAGGGCAUUAGGGCCGAACCAGCUAGCUCAAUGGAAAUUAGUGAUUGGCCCAGAAAUUUUAUAUAAGCGUUUUUUUAAUAAUAAUUAAAUUUUAAACAUCCAACUACCGCAAGUUACAAACAGACGCGUACGACGUGUUUUUAUAUUCUAAAGACAUUAUAAAAUACACUCAUUGAAUAUCGUGUUCAACGAAUCUCUUUCGAUGGAUUCUACUGGAUAAUCAUUCACGAACUAAUCUCCUAUUCGAUUACGAAAGCGAAACUUGUUUUUUUUACAUGUAACCCGAAGCUGAAAAAGCGUUUCUUCAGCACUUGCAGUUGCAGCCGAUAAUACCAAUACAACUUUCAGAAGCAACAUUUUUUUGCUAGCAGCAAUUUGUGUAACUCGCUUAUGUUCGCUCGAAAAGGCUCUGCUUACUGGAAAAAAAAAUCUUAUAAUAACACAAUUACAAUGAAAUUCUCUAAAAUAUACAAGUUUGGGUUGCUCGUUGCAGUGUCCAUCAAUUUGGUUUCGGUUCACUUGACAUCAACAAAGCAAUUUUAUCAAUGUUCAUGUAAUAAACACGAUUUUGAAGCUAGACUGUUUCUGCUAGCAUCGAUUUGUGUAACUCGCUUAUGUUGGCAGCAAUUUGAGUAAAAUCAAUUUCAUCUCCAACGAACCGACACCAAAAUUGUUGGAUACUAUAGCUACACACCACAAACUUGUCUAUUUUAGAAAUUUUGUUGUAAUUGGCUUAUUUAAAAAAAAAAUUACUAGGUUUCGUAUGUUGGGGGGGAAAUCCCUUCGAUUACUUGUUGACAAGAUUGAAUUUCCACGAAGUAUGAUUCUUUAGGGGGUGGUUUGGAUUAGAGAAUGUGUAAAUGAGGGAUUUGGAUUAAAAUCUCUCAAUUAAAAACCCAGGUAUUUUAAACGUGGGAUUUGAUCCAAAUAACAUGUUUGGGAAUAGAUGAAGGAUUUUAAUUAAAAAUUACAGUUACAAUUAUACCCAUCCCUAAUCCCUAAGGAAAAAUAAGAAAGGAAGAACAAAAGGAGGGGCAGAGUUUGGAAAAGAAUGAGAAAAAAUGAGUGAUUGUGAAAUAGCUGAUCCCCAUCAGCUAUUUUAAAAACUCUCAUAUGAGAGAUUUAGAAUUUACUCAUGCACACAAUCUCUCACCUUUCCAAACGCAGAAUUGUUUUAAAAUCCUGCACAACGAGAGAUUGUUUUAAAAUCACUCAUAAAUCCCUCAUCACAUUUUCCUCCACCAAAGUUUAUGUUGGUCCGGAACAAUGUCCACUUUUAAUUUAUUGAAUAAACUCAUGUUUUUGUUAUUUUGUAUAUAGUUUGAUCUUCAUCUAAUAUCAAUCGAAGUUCGAAAUUUUUUUCUGAUGCCGUACACAAUUUAUUCAAAAUAACAAGAGGAUUGACAAUCUAACCAUAUAUGAUGCAAAUAAGAAAAAGCAAAGAAUGACCUCAAUAAACCCAAAUGAAUAGGGGGUGUUUAGUUGUUUACAUUGAAAGAAAAAGUACAAAAUUGUAAAUCCAACCUCAUACAUAACACACAAAAUGCACAAAACAAGCACCAAACUAUCGUACUACCGCGCAUCAGGUACAAACAUUCGGUCGUUUCGAUCAAAACCGAACCGCCAACUAACUAAACCCUAAAACUAAAACAAAAAAAUUUGCCUAAAUGAGUCAUUAAACUAACUAAGGCCUAAAAAUUGCUAAGAAACGAAUAACGAAAAGGACAAGCUCACAUGAGCCCGUAACCAGAUCAUUCAUGGGUCCCCCCUCCCUCCCUCCCUUAAUCAAUUAAUUAGGUCAAUAGCACCCUCCAAUCUUUUUCUUCACCAUGAGUUGGAAUUGUGAGGACAAUGGAGCUUUAGCAUUUUUUUUCUUUCCCCCAUGCUUUUGUUUAGGGUUCAUUCCUCUUCUUCUUCGACUAUCUCUCUCAAUCCUUUUCCUUUGGAGUGUCUGAUUUCUCCUUCUCCUGGUUCUGGGUCAAAGAAGAAGGCACCGACCUCCCUGCCUCAUUCCCACCAUUUCUCUCUCUCUCUCUCUCUCUCUCUCUCUCUCUCUUAAAAGAGAAGGAGGAAAGGGAAGAAGGUGUGCUUGCUUCCGCUUGCUCUGGUUAAUUAAUGUUAUUCCGAAUUCGCGAUUUAGCUUUAAUCUUUGCCAUGUUUAAUUUAAUUAAGUAAUAAAUUAAUUGCAGGUGUGUUGGUUGGUUCCCCUUUGGCUUCGUUAUCCAUCCAUCCAACUCCCCUCCCUCCAAGAUCCAGAGCUUUUUGCGGCGGCUACUGCUAAACAGAGAGCAUGGAUUUCGGCCAGGAGGAAGAAGACGACAGCCGCAGUAAAGACACCGCCGCAGCAUCAGCCGAAGAAGUAGAAGCAGUAGUAGUAGAAGAAAACGACGAAUUAGACGAAGAAGAAGAAGACGACUAUGCCUCGGCAAUUCCCACCCCCAAUCUCCAUUCUCCUUCUGUUCACCAGUACGAAAAUCUACUUCCUCAACACCACCACCACGACGGAGUACUUUGGCGCAACCUCUCCCAAACCGACGCUGCCGCCCCAUCCUCCGCAGGCUUCAAUUUCGUGGACUUGUCGCUUGCUGGGAGCUCAAACGAGGCGGAUCCUCCCGAUCUCCACGGCGGAGCUGCUGGACCGUCGUCGUCGACGGCGGUGGCGGCGGCGGCGAUGAUGAUGGUAGAGAAGGAGCACAUGUUCGACAAAGUGGUGACGCCGAGCGACGUCGGGAAGCUGAACCGGCUGGUGAUACCGAAGCAGCACGCGGAGAAGUACUUCCCCCUGGAUUCCUCCUCCAACGAGAAGGGGCUGCUCCUCAACUUCGAGGACCGCGGCGGCAAGCCGUGGCGGUUCCGCUACUCGUACUGGAACAGCAGCCAGAGCUACGUGAUGACCAAAGGAUGGAGCCGGUUCGUCAAGGAGAAGAAGCUCGACGCCGGGGACAUCGUCUCGUUCCAGCGCGGCGUCGGCGAGGCCGGGAAGCACCGACUCUACAUCGACUGGAGGCGCCGCCCCGUCGCGCCGCCGCCAGAUCCGAUGUCUUUCCCUCACCACCACUUCGACCUCCACAACAACCCGCUCCGGUGGGGGAGGCUCUACUCGCUGCCGCCUCAAUCGCUCUCCAAUUUCCCUCCCAGGCAGUGGGACUAUCCUCAUCAGCCUCCGCCUCCGCCUCCGCCGCCGCAUCAUCAAUUCCACCACCAGCAAUUGAAUUACGGUACGAUUCUCCCUCUCCAGAAUUCCUACGGCCAUAACCAGUACUACCACAAUUACCAGCAGCCGCUGUACUACUCGCGGCCUCCGGGGGCGACGGCGCAAUAUCCGAUUUCUGCUUCGUCCUCCGCCGCCGCGGGAAUCGGAGGAGGGGACCACGCGCCGAUGGUCAUCGAUUCGGUUCCCGUGGUUCACGGGAAGACGGUUGGGAAGCGGCUGAGGCUGUUUGGCGUGAACAUGGAGUGCCAACCAGACUACUUGCCGUCGUUUUCUCCGGCUUCGCCUUCUUCUAUGAGCGUAACGUAUCCAUAUCAGCAGCAGCAGCGGGGGACAAUGUCUACUUCUUCUUCCUCGUUGUCACCAUCGUCAUCCAUUCGGGGGCUCCAAUUCCAAGGAGUGCCGACUACAGCUACGCCGUCGUCGCAAAUGGCAAUGCAUCAUCACCGGCAGCAGCAGCAGCAGAACCAGGAGCAUGAGUAUUCAAAGAAAGGAAAGACUUCCUCCUUGUCCUUCGAUUUGGAUCUUUGAUAAAUAUUAUGGGUCUGCUGAAUUUUAGGAUUACUGGCAGAUUUAAUUUUUGGGUCCUUCCUAUAUAAUUGAAGAAGCUCGAUCUUAAUCUAUUUGCUUUGCGUUAUUUGUCCUCUCUCUAUUCUAUUUGGUGUUGAUUUCUGAUCGAUAUUGCUCCUUUUACUUUUAUGUGGUAAUUAGUCGUGCCUAGUUAGAGAGGAGCAGAAUUAAGGUAGAACUAGCUUAGAUGAUGAAUAUGCAGUGCAACCAGGGAAGAAAAUGAAGAAACCAAAGGAAGAAAGAAAGAGAGAGGGAGGUGGAAAAAAUGUGGUGGCCUGGGGAGGCCUUCAUUUCAACUGUAUAUAAAUACAAUAUAUACAGAGAUCAUAAAUAUCAGCAUAUUUUAGUUGAUUCCCUUUCCCUUCCCUUUCUUUUGUUUUAUUCGGUUUAUAUAUUUUUGAAAGAGUUGAGCUUGCCAAGGUAUAUAUAUUUUACUGUUGGUGUUAAAUAAAAAUAACACGGACACGUUGGGAAAUGGGCUACUUGAGUAGUGCCUGGAGUUGUUGUUGUUGCUGCUGCAGCUUUGUAUUGUAUGUGAAUAAGUAACUGUAUCCAUUCACACAGCGCAGCAGUAGUGGCUCUCUCUCUUUCUCCCACCAGUUUGCUUGGGUUAAUUUUGUUCCAUUACUUGUUGAAAUCAUUUCUCUUGUUGUAGUCGAACUGAGAGAGGGAAGGAGAGAGAGCUGACAGAGAUAGCCAUUACUUUUGUCAUUUCUUAUAUUAUGGUAGGGAGGAACAGAUGGGGAGGCAGAAGGUCGUUCCUUGUUUGUUUCUUUUUGCAAUUGAUUGUUUAGGGUAAAUGUUCCCUGCUGCUGGUUAGUUGGGUUUGCAGUCGAUGGAUACGGGAGAAGGAAGGAAGGAAGGGGGGAAGUGUGUUUGUUGGUUGCAAACAGUUCUGCAGCAGCAGCUUGCGCUGAAAAAAGGUGCCUUCUGUAUUCUUAUUACUAUGCCCUCUCUCUCUUUCUAUCUCUUCUUUUUUUUUCUUCUCCAUCAUUUCAACUUUUAUGAACAAAAGAUGUCUGCUGCAUGUUUGUUUUAAAGAGAGAUCAAGAACCCAAAUGUCUGCUUCUUCUUCUGAUAAGCUGAAAUUCUUGCAGCCUUAUUAUUAAGUUUGUAUGAUUCAUGAUUGUCUUUCUUUUUUUCUCUCUUUCCUUGUGUUGUUGUCUUUACAGCAUGAGCUUUGAGGGGGGACUGAGAGCUCUGAGCCAUUCUUCUUCUCCUCUGGAUUGCUGCCUGCCAGUGAGAAGGAAAAGAAAAAGGCAGUCAUUUAUGGUGCUGAAAGAGAUUUCACAGAUGAGGGUGGGCAUAUAUCUCGGGAACUACUGCACCCAAAAUUCCAAUCACGAAACAAAGAAGUUCCCGCGCGCUCUCUCUUUUUCAAUCUGUAAGCUACUGCUGCUGCUGCUGCUACUUUAAUGCUCUCUUAUCUGUAGCUAUAAUAAGCUUCUCUUUCUCCACUUUCCUCCCCCUCCAUAUCUCCUUGCCUCUUUUUCAACUGCACACUGCAUCCUGGAUUCCUCUCAUCUCGCUAUACAUAAAAUAAAGUUGUUAUUUUUUGUGCCUUCGGCUAAGCAUUUAGAGAUAACAAUAACAUGCAUAUAUUAAAUGGAAUUUAAGUGGACAGCACAUUUAUAUUUGCACCUGAAUGGAGGCGCAUGGUAGUGAUGGUACUUGCACAUCUAACUAGACCUAGCUAGCUGGCCUAGUUAGAAAGCAGUAGCCAGAACCUUAUUCUACCUAAACAUUUGGGCUGCUGUGUUUUGAAAGGAAUUGAAGUUUGGUUUAGUUACUUUCUACAUAUCAAUUAUAAAUACAUGGCCCUUACCGUUUGAGGUCAAGAGGUUCAGUAAUACUCUUUACAGUGAGAUGAUGAUAAAAAUCAAUCUCAUGUCAUGUUGUUCAUGUUGUGUAUAUCUGCAUGUUGCCAUUUGUUUAUGCAAAAAAAAAAAAAAAAAAACUAAUGCUAAUAAGCAUAUGAAAGCACUUGUAGAUGCUAUAUUCAAAUUUCGAUACCAAUCGCAUUGUUCUGAUAAAGAAAGAAGAAAGAAAGUUUGAUAUGAAUGCUAGCCUAUAUGAAGAAACUGUCAACAAAAAGAGGGGGAAAAAAAAGCAUAUGAUAAUGAGGGUGUUUAUAAUUACUGUACUCAUGUAUCCUUUGCCUUUACAUGCAUGUAUGCUAAUGCUAUACCUAGCUAUAUGGGUUUUUAUAACAUGUAGCAUUAGUAUUGUAUACUUUAAGUGAUUUGGGUUAUUAGAUGUAGUUCGAUGAACGCGUCGACAAAUUAGAAUUAUCAAUUAAUAUUUUUCGAUUUAAAAUGAUCCAGGUUUAGGAAAUGGCUGACUGCUUCAACGGGUAUCAUCCAUUUUGCAGGAUAUAUACACAAAGAAAAGAGGUUUGUUUGGCAAGGCAGCUGCAAAUUUUGAGAAAAGGUAAUUUGGGUAAAAGUAGUGUAUAUGAUUGAGAUUCCAUAUAUGUGUUAAGUUGAAGUGAAGUCAUGAAAAUUCUCUUGAUAUGAUCAUCAUCAUCACUCUCUGGUGCCUGCAGAAUAUCUACAUAUGUAAGUAGGAUCCAUCAAAACGAGAUCGAUCGAGGAAUUAGCAUAUCUCUCCUUUCCUCCUUCCAUGCAAGCCAAUGGGUUUUUUCUAUCCAUCCUUUUCAUGGUAGGUAGAAUUUUUGUUUACUUCUUCUUCUUCUUCUUGUGUUGUUUUCAGUUCUCGUGUUGACAAGUCUUGGAGUGAAACGAAAGGGAUAAUCAAACUAAGUUAGGCCAUUGUUAUUGGGGACACAGUAGUGCAUAUGUCCAUGCUUUUGUCAACUUUAAUGAAUUAAUAAUGCUUUCUCACAAGAGGAGGCAAAUACAAAACAAACCAAAUUUAGGAAGUUUAACUAUUGUCUAUAACAAGGAAAAAUACAAGUUGGAAAAAAUGCUUAUAAUCUUCAUAUCUGUCUGAAGAUUACAUGUCCACAAAUUUAUUUGUGGGGAGAUAUUUUUCUUCUCCUUCUGCUCUAUCCCAUUUUAUUAAAUAUUUAUCCCACCAAACACUAUUACCAAUAAAUCCUCAAUAUUCUGUGACCAUUCUUGUUCUUUUGAUUAAGUGUACACAUGUCAUUUGAUGAGGGUUUUUAAAAUUUUUUUUCGAUCUUUGAGGUUGGCUUGAAAUUAUCCACUGUAGCACUUGCAUGCUGUCUUCUUAUUUUCUUGAUGCGUGUGACUAGUUAUGUUACCAGCUAGGGCUAAGCUAAUAUAUCUGUGCUUGUGUCUAGCAAAUGGUGUGCACAGACUGAAUUAUGUUUUUUUCCAAGGCAAGGGCAGUUAGUUAAUUUACAUGCUGGGUUUAAUUUACAUUCUGGGUUUAGUUAAGUGUAGACCGGUAGAGACACUUGGUAGCUGCUGCGUGCUUGCAGCUGGGUAAGAAGUAAUAAUGAAGAUGAUUUACAAAGGGAGAAAUAAUGGGGUAGCUAGCCACAGCUAAAACUACUGCGUGCCAAAAGGAAUAUUACAAUAAUAUUGAUUUACAAUUCCGAAGAGAUAUAUCAUAUAUGUGUGUGUGAGUGUUCAUCGUCCGAUGAACUUUUGGGGCUGCCGCAGCAGCAGCAGCUAAUGUUGUCGCCUUUGUUUUGUUGGGCUAGGUAUGUGAGUAAGCUAUAUAGGCUGUGUACCUAGCUAGGUGCUCUCUCUCUCUCUCUCUCUCUCUCUCUAUUUAUUUGUUAUUAUGUGCUGACAAUUCAAACAAAAAUGAAAAUUUCUUGUUGCUUGUAGUAUAUAUAAGGGUGACAGUUCGGUUUGGUUCGGAAAAUCGAAUAAAAAAUCAACAAAGCUGAAUCACGAUGGUUUCGGUAAGAAGAAAUUGAACACCAGAUUACUAGUUUUUCCUUUAUCCUUUGUUUUUUUUAUUGGUUUAUUAGCAGAGUGAUGCGAGCUCGCUCACCCACAUGACAUCAUUCGAGUUCAAAUUAGAUCUCUACAUGAACUAUGAGUCAAGAGACGAUUUGAGAGGUUCAAAGAGAGCUAGUAAACAAAGUCCUACAAAGAAAAGAAAUUUUUUUUGACUUUUUUCAACCCUUAAUUCUAACUCUCCUAGUUAGGGCUGGAAGUUUGGUACCGGUAUUUGGGAUAUAUCGAAUACCGUAUCGAAUUUAUCACUAUUUGGUAUUACCGAAUAUCGACUUAUUUUUUAGGGAUUGAGAUUCAAUUUGGAGUGCUAUUCGGUAUUUGCGAUUACGGGAUUGGGAUCGGUAUAUACUGAAAUACCGAGAAUUUAAUGUCUCCUUUGCGUGCUCCUCUUUUCAGAAUCUGAGGAAUAUUCUCCAUUCUCCAACAUGACUAGAGGUCCAGAAGAGGAGUGUGUGUCUCUUAUCAACUAGAUAUCGUGUCUAGUUGUGACAAGUAUCGACUUAUAUUGGUUCGCCCUUCCCACAGGUUCAGGAUUGUUUAAUCGAUUUCCUCAAGCUAUCUUUUAUUUCGUGUUAUUGAAGAAAAAAGAAAACCCUAAAUAGUUUGACGUGUGCAACUCUGAUUAUUUGGUCCGAGUUCGAGUGAAUUCUUGGAUUUGGGUCAUAUCACAGGUUUUCCCUUUCCAUCGAAAUCAAAAUUGUUAGGAGUUUAUUAAUUUGCACUCAUUAUUGAGAAAAAUUAGAAUUCAUAGUCUAAUUAUAUAUGCAUGGAUACAAAAAUUACAAUUCACGGUAGCAGGAGUGAAUAUUAAAUGCUGGGUUAUUCAAAAGAUUAUGAGUUUACCAAAUAGCCUCAUCACCGGCAAUUGGAGAGAAAGGGAGGUGAAUGGAACGACGUGAACUUAGAUUCAGUAUCCGAUAACCAUAUUUCCUCCAUAACCAGUUGUGAAACAUGUUACGACUACAACUACAAAAAAAACAUAAUCAAUAUACGAACUUUGUAGUAAUACAUGAGAGAACCAAUGUCAAUAUACGAAAAAAAUCAGU